AUGUCAAUACAAGCGUUAAAAAAUCUUGGUCGUCCUGUUAUCCAUUGGGACGAUGUCCUUGUCUUUUUGGUUUCGCAAAAAUUAGACAAAGCGUCCCGAAAAGCAUGGGAACUUAAACUCAGUGAUACCGUAGAGUUUCCGUCGUAUUCCGAACUGGAUAAAUUUCUCGAGAAUCGCAUACGCGCACUCGAAGCCAUCCUUUCGAUGAAAACGAACAACGCGGCCGAGUCAACGACGGUAAAAACGAAAGCCCGAAGCGUCGCCGCGCACGCAACCACCAUCACAAAAUUCGAAUGCUCAGUGUGUAAAAAAUCGCAUCCUCUAUUCCAAUGCAUGCAAUUCUUAUCAUGGUCCCCUGCGCGUCGGCACAAACUCAUCAAAUCGCAAAAACGAUGCUUUAAUUGCCUCGCCGCCAAUCACUCAAUUAAAGAUUGUAAAAACAAACAUCGGUGCCGAGAGUGUCACAGCAAACAUCAUACGCUGCUUCACCUCUCGGACACUUCAAGGUCAUCACCUGAGGAUUCGACAACAACAAACAAUUCGGCCAAAACCAAAGCGAGCGGAGACAUUGUAUCGCUCACGAUUUCGCGCGCUACGCAAUCCGCGCCAGUGGUGCUUCUCGCCACUGCACGAGUCCGCGUGUUCUCAACCAACGGAACAGUCGUUCGCGCUCGGGCUCUCGUAGAUCAAGGCUCCGCUGCGACUCUUAUAUCGGAAAGUUUAGCGCAAUUGUUAAAGGUACGACGAAUUAAGCAUCCAAUACGCGUAACAAGCAUCGAUCAAUUAUUCUCAACGGCGCGUCAUCUCGCGGAAAUUAAAAUUAGUCCCGAAGCAAGCGAUAAUCCGACGUUUUCCGCCAGCGCUAUUAUUCUAAAAUCAUUGACGACCUACGUUCCACCUCGCGUUCCCUCUCUCGCGCAUUGCCAGCAUCUCAACGAAAUCUCUCUCGCUGACCGAGAUCCGAACAACUCCGACCCGAUUGACAUAAUAAUCGGUGCCGAUUUACAUAGCUUAAUUAUUCGCGAAGGUUUGCGAAAAGGACGGAGCUCCGAACCGAUCGCGCAGAAUACAGCAUUAGGCUGGAUUCUAUCCGGGCCUGCUUCCGAGCCACUUCCGCAACCACCCGUGCACACGCAUCACAGUGCGAUCGCUAACGACCUUGACCUCACUCUCCGUCAGUUUUGGGAGGUGGAGGAUCUCCCGCAAAGUACUUUCUCGAGCCAGAAAAAAAAACAGUGCGUAGAACAUUUUCUCGCUACGCACUCUCGCCUACCCGACGGGCGAUACCGUGUCCGCCUUCUUUUCCGUAACAGUCCGCCGACGGACCUCGGCGAUUCCAAAAUCGCCGCUCUCGCUAAUUUCGCGCGAGUGGAGAGUCGCCUCCAUCGCGACCCUCCAAAGGCAAAGGCCUACGCCGUGUUUUUCCAAGAAUAUAGCGAUCUUGGUCACAUGCUAAAAGUAUCCUACACGGAGCCUUCCGAACAGUCGUCCGCGUAUUACAUCCCGCCGUUACUCGCGAUAGUAGUACGACGACACGACUACGCGUCGUAUUUAACGCUUCCAGCCGUACCAGCACGGGCAAAUCCUUAA